GUCCUUAAAGACACAGGGCAGGCGUUUUGGAGCUCGGUGUCAUUCAAUCAUUUCCUGAUUGUAAUUAGACAAAUUGUACUGGUGUUGUGAAGCUGCCUCGCUGCUGUCAAGACUGUGGACCAGCGGACGGCUCGGCUAAGUGACAUUAGACCUGUUAAAGAGCUGUGUUUUGCGAUGGCAGGUGGCAGGGUAGUUGCUGGGGAGCGCGCUUAGCUGAUGCAUCAUCAUCAAAUGCAGACAAAUCUAAAACCUGCUUGGCCCUCGACUUCUGACUCGGGACAUAAUAACGGGAACUGGAACAACACCAUGGAUGCUCCACAGUACACAGACUACUACUGGUAUCCUCAGUCCCAUUCCUCGGGACACUAUGCAAAUGCCUAUCCAUCUGGAUCCGAUGUUCAGCCACAGUACAAUCCACAGGUAAUGCCGGCAGGUUAUCCAAAUGGCCAUGGUGUCUACAGCCCUGUACAAAGUCAGUAUUCAACCAGUGGUUUCCACCCAUCCAAUCCUUUCUACUGUGCGGACCCUCAGAGACCUUACCCUAAUCAGGGCUGUUCAGAGCAGAACAGUGGGCCGUCUGGGCAGCCACACACUCAGCCCCAACAUCAUCACUAUCCUGGUCCACAUUGUCAAGGGGGUCCCGGAUAUCCUUCUGGUCCUUACCCUCACUACAGCGAAACUGGUCAUGCAAUGCCACCAAACCCUUCAUACCCCACUGGGCAGUCACUCCACCACAGCCCUCAGCCUGACGUAUGGGCACACUCUGGUCCGUAUGCACCCUCACAGCAGCAGUGGCAGCCAGGCCAGCAGCCUUCACAAAAUCAUUAUGGAAAUCCUAUUCGUCCACCACAUCCACCUGCAUGGCCAGGAACUGGAUCUGGUGCUCCUCCACCUUAUCAACCAAAGGACCAACAGCACUCACAUGCUCCACAAGUGGGACCAAAACCAAGGCCAGCCCCAUCCCCAAAUCCCCCUUGUGGAAAGCCUGCAACAAUAAGUUCACCUCCACAAAUGUACAACAAAACAGGAAGAGGUGAACCCAAUCAUUUGCAAGGCGAUACUCUGCCAUCAGCCCCGGCUAAGGAACCAGCUGCAAGCCAGAGGGCAGCAUCUCAGCCUCUGAUCGAUAACCCUGGCCUUGCUAAGGUCCACCAGGUAAUGAUUAGAGUGCAGAUGCUUCAUGAAGAUGUUGAAGAGUUUGUUGGCAAAAAAACAGACAAGAGUUAUCGGUAUCUGGAGGAACUGCUGACCAAAGAGCUGCUGGAAUUGGACUCUGUGGAGACUCAGGGACAGGACAGUGUCCGGCAAGCCCGAAAGGAGGCUGUUCAGAAGAUCCAAGCAAUUCUGGACCAAUUGGAGAAGAAAGCCUUCUGAAUUGGACUUGUGUUGGGUUGACUCUCUCAUUAGGUCUUGCUGUUUUCUUCUUCCAGAUCUUCCAUAGACACAGUGAGGGUCAAGUGUUGUUCCCCUCAGCUUUGUCAUCUUGAAGGUUUCCCCAAAAUGCUUGAAGUAAGUGGCGUAGACCCAAGAACAAGAACCGUUACUGGUACAUGGACUUAGGUCAGUCAUGCUGGUAUAGAUAUGAAAACAUUAUAAUGAAGGUUCAUAGCAAACUGGCUUUCAGCCACAGUAGAUGGCUGUGCUGCCUACACUGUUGUUCAGCUUAUGUAUAAUGUCAUGUCUUUGCCAGCACUGGACUUUAUUUGGUGUUACACAGCAACAUUUGGUCUCGCUACAGAGAUUACAUUAUCAUGUUGUCUCGGGACUGUAGAACUUGUUUACUCUGCUUCUACGUCUAACUAGUCAUCCACUUCCUUAACUGUUUGCAAUACCUGUCAUGGAACACCUGCGAGACCUGCGACAGAGUUCAUACACUUAGAUACACAUGCUUAUUACAGAAUUUGGUGCAAUGCUUUCCCUUCAGUUGUGCUGGCAGCCCUGCAUGCACUGUAAUGUCACAAGCUCCCACUACAGUCAUGGUAUUUCUGCGCUCUUAAUUAGGCCUCGAGUCUAGCAAAUUAAGGAAACCCCCUAAGAAUGCUGUCCCCGUUACUAAAUGUUUUUGGAUGUAAUUGCCCCCUAAGUGCAGACCUAGAAACAGACCUACAUAUGAAUGCCAUGUAUUUUACUGUAGGAAUGAUCAAAUGAAGUAAGAAUAACUUGACAGUUAAAUUAUGUCCCUGCUUCCUCUACUUAGAUAAUCAGUUGCUAUAAAGCAUAAAGAAAUGGGUGUAGUUUGAGGUUGGUUUUGUGCUUGAGGGUGAUGUUGACACAAAUUCAGAACCUUAUAUUUUCACUAAUAUCCUUAUUAUACCAAAUUCAGAUUUGAACAAUGAUCUGUUUUCUAAUGUACAAGUUGUUUUCUCCAUCAUUUCCAUCAUGUUCAUUUAGAAAACGAGUGCCAUAUUUCAUAGUAUGGUUUGAGAUCACUGAAAAAAAAAUAAAACUAGGAUCGCAAACUGCAUGAAAACACUCAUCUGUCAUAUGUGUCCAUUUUCAUGUGCAGUCAUGUUUCUGUUAAAUGGAGUACAAUUGUACAGUUUAAGAUGUAAUGCAUGUUUCCAACACAAGAUGGAAAUUUUUGCUUGAUAAAUAUCAAAAUUAUGGCAAAAACAAUAAUAAAUAAAAGCCAGUAUAUUUUUUAA